UUUUCUUCUAUUUGCUGUUCUCUACAUAGUUUCCUACUUCAUAAUCACAAGAUACAAAAGGAAAGCAGAUGAGCAAGAGGAUGAAGAUGCCAUCGUUAACAGAAUAUCGCUGUUCUUGAGCACCUUCACUCUAGCAGUUUCAGCUGGUGCAGUCCUGCUUCUACCUUUCUCAAUAAUCAGCAAUGAGAUCCUGCUUUCUUUUCCACAAAACUACUAUAUUCAGUGGUUAAAUGGCUCACUAAUUCAUGGUUUAUGGAAUCUAGCUUCUCUUUUUUCGAAUUUAUGUUUGUUUGUAUUGAUGCCCUUUGCAUUUUUUUUCCUGGAAUCAGAAGGAUUUGCUGGCUUAAAGGGCAUCAGAGCACGCAUUUUGGAAACCCUUGUUAUGCUUAUUCUUCUUGCACUGCUUAUCCUUGGAAUCGUAUGGGUGGCGUCAGCACUCAUAGACAAUGAUGCUGCCAGUAUGGAGUCUUUGUAUGACCUCUGGGAAUACUACCUCCCAUAUUUAUAUUCCUGUAUAUCACUGAUGGGAUGCUUGUUACUUCUGUUAUGCACGCCAGUGGGACUUUCACGGAUGUUUACAGUAAUGGGUCAGUUGCUGGUGAAGCCAUCAAUUCUUGAAGACCUAGAUGAGCAGAUGUAUAUCAUCACUUUAGAGGAGGAAGCAAUUCAGAGGAGGCUUAAUGGUAUAUCUUCCAUGGUAGAAUACCAGACAGCAGAGUUGGAACGGGAGCUUGAAAAAGUGAAAAGCAAGAAAACAAAUCUAGAACGGCGGAAGAAAGCUUCUGCUUGGGAAAGGAAUUUAGUCUAUCCAGCUGUUAUGAUAUUGCUACUGAUUGAGACGUCCAUCUCAGUCCUCUUAGUUGCUCUCAACAUUCUUUACCUGUUGGUUGAUGAGACUGCAAUGCCAAAGGGAUCAAGGGGGUCUGGAAUAGGAAAUGCCUCCCUAUCCACCUUUGGUUUUGUGGGAGCAGCACUUGAAAUCAUUUUGAUUUUCUAUCUUAUGGUAUCCUCUGUCGUCGGCUUCUACAGUCUUCGUUUUUUUGAAAAUUUCACUCCCAGGAAGGAUGACACAACUAUGACAAAGAUAAUUGGAAACUGUGUCUCAAUCUUGGUGCUGAGCUCUGCUUUGCCAGUGAUGUCAAGGACACUGGGAAUCACCAGAUUUGAUCUGCUUGGAGACUUUGGAAGGUUUAACUGGCUGGGAAACUUUUAUAUUGUUUUAUCUUACAACUUGCUCUUUGCUAUCAUGACAACAUUAUGUCUGGUCAGAAAGUUCACUUCUGCUGUGCGAGAAGAGCUCCUGAAGGCAUUAGGAUUAGAUAAACUUCACCUGUCAAACAAUCCAAGAGAGUCAGAGACAAAGCCGUCUGCAAAUGGGCAUCAGAAAACACUGUGAUUUAACAAUCACCUGCAAUCAACAGAGCUGAAAACAUCAACCUCAUGGCAUUCCUGUCAUCUCAUCAACAUUUUUAUAUUGGUGUUGUUUGAUAAUUUGGGUCCAACCUUGUCUCAUUUUUUGAUGCUGUGUGCUUCUGAGGAAGUGAGGUAUAUCAGAUUCUUCUCUUUCCAGUGAACUUUUGGUCUGCGUGUUUAUUUCCCAGUAAGUUAAUGCAGGAGGUGCCUUGAAGACUGGAAGCUGAAGAGAAUAAUGCAUUCCUUUUUAUUUGUUGACAGUCUCACAUCUUUAGGUACAAACCUGCUACUAUUUGAAUGCACAGUACUUCCUAUGUUAUACAGACACAGCUGUAAAUAACAACUUUGGGACUUGGUUAAAAAGAAAAAAAAAAAAAGAUACACUUGAAGCCCAAUGUGACCCUUACUGGAAAUGUAAACUACCUGGAGUAAGUAUUCUUGACAGCAGAUAAAACAGUUUCACUAAGAACGUGUUAAAAAUGACAGUAACUGUUAGAGAUCACAUUUCCUUUCAUGCUGGAUACAGUAAGCUGUUCAUAGUCUAACGUCAUGAAGCUUUCUCGGAAGGCCAGCGUUUUCAGCUUUCUGUUCUUAGCUAUAAAUGCCAGUUACUUUACUGGUAGUCAGACAAUGUCUUACUGAAUAGAGUGAAGUACAAGAUGAAGACUUCAGUGUUAAAUCUGAGCCUAGUAUGCUUUGUAAAAAGCUGUGUAGACCCCCUGUCACAGCUCUUGCAGUUCUGUAAGCUGUUGUGCCAUGGAGGUCACUUACCCUACCAAGUACAUCCCUGUAAAAUUCUUUAUGAACUACUGUGUAUAAGCAGUACUUGUAAUCAAUGCAAGCAGCACAGGCCUAGGAGGCUGCAAUUGCAGUUUUUUACAAUCUUCUUUAAUUUUAAGUAAAUUAUUUCUCUAAAUUUAUACUCUAGUUACCAGGAUUUCUGUUCAGCAGCAUAAUCCAGUGUCUUUCACUAACCUGUUUUUUAAUGUACACAUGAACAUGUAUAUAGGCUUAUAUGUGUAGAUACCGUAAAUUAAAUUCUAAGCUUAUGGAGAGGACAUAGAUGGCUUGGUAAGUAGAACUUGCGUGUUUAGUCUUGGUGGUAUGAAUUCCUGCGGUGUUACAUUUUAACUGCUCAGAGGCCUUAGAUUUGGGAUGGCAUUGGUGGGUGGCAACAUCGCUUUUCUUAGUAUUACUGCAGCCUUAGGAAUCCUUCAAGCAGUUUAUAGUAAAGAAAAAAAUCCCACUGACCAAAACCCAAGUAAAUAUUCAAAGUCUGGUUGCACUUCUGUCCUGCUCUGCCACAAGUAAUCUUCAAACAGAUUGGAAUGGGGACAUCUUCAGUGUGUGCCCAUUAUGUAGUGAGUCAGAUAAUGUUUGUGUUUAUUUCCUGUUUCUGUAAAGCAAGCAUGUCUGUCUGUGGUUUGAAGUCUUACACGUGAUCAAGCAGUGACAACUAGCUCUCCAGUGUGGUUCUGAAAAAGAUAAACUCUCAGUGAGAAACUUUGGCUGUACUGAGAUGACUGCUCUGGCCUUUAGACCUUGCUGCUGUGUGUGUGAAUGUGAGCUUUCCCCCCCAUCCCCCAAAGAGUGCUUCAGAAAUUAAACUCCAGUAUACAUGAAGAUUUCUCAGUUUUUUUGCAGCUGCCUUUUCUGACUGGAGCUGGGGCAUAAUGUAAAUAUUGCUGUAGUAAAUAUGAUACUAGAGAGUUACUCUUUUUUGUGUGUGUGAUUAGUAUAAAUUCAAGGCUUAUUAAACUGACUGUUGAUGUGUUGUACUGAGUCUUGGAAGACAAAGUAAAAUUGCUUGAUUUCACUUUACAAGUGCUUGAUUUCAUUUUACAAGCAUUUUUUCUGUUGUUUGAGUUUAAUGCUGACAUUUUAGUGAGAAAUCUGAGUCAAAGUUCUUCAAUCAAGAACAGGGAGCUGUAAUUAAAAGUUGUUUUAAAAUGUUUACAUAUAAAAUAUUGGGAGAUUUAUUAUUAGGGUCAUCAUUCAGGUAUUCUCUGUAGCCUUAUGUAUUAGCAUUAUAGUUAAAAAUAACUGAAAUGAAUCCACUUGUCCAUGCAAGUGAUUGUGUGACCAAAAUUGUCCUCGUGUCUUAAUGGGGCUGGUGAAUUGUGGUGUGUAAGGCUUAGUUAGUUUUAUUAAAAUAUUUCUAUUACAAUUUAAAGACAGUUAUUAAAAUAAACUAAUUUCUUCAGUUUCACAGAGUGUAAGGAAUAAAUGUAGGGAGUGUGAACCAGCAAAGGUCUUGCUUUUCAUGCUUUUGGAGAGAUGUUUGUCCUGGCAUCAGUGACCCAAGAACACAGAAAAAGAUGGGAUUAUGAUGUGUAUGUGGCCUCUGAAAGCAAGUUGGGCAGUUACUUAAAUUGAGCAGAGACAGUUCCUGCUGAUAAGCACACAAGUUUCAGGCAAGGCUUUAUAACUGUUUCAAAAGUUAUAGCCUUGCCUGUUCCCACCCCUUCUGCUGGAUUCUGCAGUCAGAGAUAUGUACAGGUUAAGGCUACCUUAGUGAAGAUUUUACACUGAAACAUGGAAGAUGGUUAAGAUGCUGAGUAGUUUCCAAGGUGGACGAGAAAUACAGAAUUACCCUGUGCAACUACUGACAGUGUUUUGUUUUAAAAUCAGCUGUUUAUAUUGUGACACUGUUCACAUUAAAAUAUGCCUUUGGCCUUGAAAAUUACAUGCUUAUGCAAAACUUUACAGAUACAAUGCUACAAAUAUACUAUGUGUAAGAUACAGGUCACUAUAUACUUUUCACAGAAGCAUAUGGUCACUUAAAUACAAGCAACUGGUAAUUCAUUAAUGGAUAUUGACAAUACAUUCCUAGUAUUUUGACUCAUGUAGAGUCAGGUGGUCUAUACCUUCAAGGUAUAUACAGCUGAUCUUAGUAACAUUAACAUCUGCCUCACUUCUUAUGAGGCAAAAAGCACAUAAAUGCUUCCAUCUUCAACUAGAUAUCACACAAGACCAAAAAGUAGAUGUAAACUAAGUGUUUUAAGUUAGCCAUUUCUUGGCUUUAUUCUGUGUUGGUAGCACAAUACUAAAUGCAGUGGCAGAACUGUAAUGUUGUGGGAUUUCUAAGCAUAAAGCACACAUACUUAUCACUUUAAGCUAAAAAACAAUAGUAUUGGUUACUGUACGAGUAACAGUUUUUGCAUUCAUAGGAAGCUUUGUUUACUGUCUGUGAUGUGAUGUUUAUCUCUGGCCCUGUUCCUCUGAUACCUUUUACCCUGUUUACUGUUUUAGUGUCAUAGAAAUUAAAGGAUUUCACAAGUUGGUUUCCUUGUCUGGUUCUAAAGUACCACCUCAAGUACCACAGAGGCACGGCGCGGUGCUGCAGUCGAGCCUGUGCAGACAGGGGCUUGUGCAGCCGUAUGCUGAAUGGGACAUGCACGUGAGCGGGUGCUGCAGAGUGACACUUCCUCCAGGGUGACAAGUGCUAAGGGGGCUGCAGCCCUUUUCUGGACCACCAGGUCUCUCCUGCUUGCCCAUAUGUCUCUGCAGCAGUUGAUGCUACUUCAGGUGCUUACAUGUGCCCCACUGCUGUGUAGUAAAGACAAAAGAUGGCCCUUUUCAUAAAAAAUAUCUGUAUUAGAAAGGAGUAAGGUAGAAACAAAGAGCAAUUGGCUUCUUCAUGCAUGUGACUUUCCUUGAAUUUUGUGAGAAUCUUACAGGUUAUUUUCCUUUUUCUUUCUUUUCCUCCUCUUCCAGAAGCUGAGGUGGUGUAUGUACAACAGCUGAGCCUUAUGCUUAGUGGACCAGAAUCUACAAUUUUGAUAGACCAAAUAGAGAAAGACAGUUAAAUCAUGUUCUUUUACGUAUACUCUGAUUUUUAAAAAGAGGCUUUUUAAAUCUAGGUAAUUUAAGCAGAGACAGUAUGCUAAGGCCAUGUUAAUAACUCUUUAAAAAGAAAUGUGCUUAGUUUUGUUUAAAAAAGAACUGUUGAUGUGAACUGUGAUGCUCUAAGGAAGUAAGAUCCCCUACCCACUAGUGUUAGUAUUUUUGUUGUUAUUUUAGUGCUGACUUGAGACAAUAUUGCAUACACUAACUUCCCUCUCCAACCCGUGUAUUUCAUGAGCUGAAAUCUCGAGCUUCUGAAUAUUGAAUUUACUAUUGGUAAACCGGCAAGUUAGAGUUACAUUAACAACAGUCUCAUUAACAGCACUUGAACAUUACAGAAAUGCUGCUUUUGAUUUCUUCCCAUUUGGGGAGAGCCAUCUAAGCCAACAGCCAUCACCCAGAUGGUGAUAAACUCUGCCACCUUUUUCUACCCUGCCCAGUGCCCUUACCACAGGCAAACGGUCUCUGACACUGUCUUAAGAAGUUGUGAUACUCCUUUUCUGCUGAAGGUGUGAGGAGAUAGCCCAUGGUUUGUCUGUCUGCCACACACAAUUCUAGUUGCUGAGUUGGGUUGCUUUUGAUUGGGAUUGCAAGACUUUCUGGGUGUCCAGGUGAUAGCUGUGCAUGUUCUUGAACUGUAGCUUUUCACUUCCAGCUCUUUUGUUGGAAGUAAAAAGUCCUUCAGGUUUUUCUGGCUGUACAUUUCUGUGCAGGCCAUUCUGUGGUUGAAUGGCUUCUUGCUGUCUCAAGAAUGUUGCAUGGCUCUGCACAGAACCAUGCUCCCUCAGACCACAGCCAGAGAGGAUCUUCUACAAGUGUUAUUUUAACAAUUAAAGCCUGUCAAUAUUGGUCAGAAUCUCAGGAAGGAGAACACAUCUUGGGAAUUAACACUAAGUGUCACUUCCAGAAUCCCCACUGUGCCCAGUAAUUGGGGAGGGGUGAGGUGGGGGAAAUGACAUGGAGCUCACCUGUGCAGACAGUCUGUUUUUCAUUCUUUUCCUAGUCAAUCCUUAAGAUUCUGUAUUACUGAAAAUGUAUUUAAAAUCCGUUAGAAAUUCAGGGGCUGAUAAUACUUUUUUCUAAAUCUGGCCUUAAUUCUUUAAGACAUCUAACAUCUUUGCUUGCUUUCCUUUUUUAUGUUUUCAAGUCAUUCACUAUCUUACUUGGUGGCAUUGAUGUUCGGAAUAUAUACUUUUGAUGUAGACAAAACGUGAACUAACGGAACAAGAAGAAUCUACAUGGAUCUGAUAUAUACCAGAAGGAAACUUAAAUGGGAAGGUUCUUCUGAAAUGUUUCACAGUUGAAGCUCCUAAAACUCUUCUUUCAAAGAGAAACACAUCUAUCAGUAUAUUAAGGUUAAUUGCACAUUCUCUAAAUAUGCCAGUAAUUCACUAACAGUGAAAAGAACUUAAUAAAUUCUUAAAAUCUGUUUUUUGAUUCACAGUGCAGCAGUAUCCUUCACUUUAUAGAAGUCUGUGAACUUUUUAAGAAAGGUCUGUCUUGGCAACAGAAAAGCUGGGGAUGCUUGCUAGUUGUGUGUUAAUACCAUAUUUUUCUACGUAACUUUUUCAGUUUCAUUCAUUGCUCAUAGAUUAUUAUUUUUUUAAUAUACAUAGCAUUAAAUGGUUUAACAAAUACAGAAGGUCAUUCCAAACAGUUAAAGGGAUAGUGUCAGGAAUAUCUAAAUGUUGAUAAUUAUAGCAUAUCUAAUUCCAAGCUGUUUAAAAGCUGUAUCUGUAUGAAGGCCUCAUGUAAACAUAGACAUUGGGUAAUCCCAGUUGUUAAAAGGCUUUUAGGUAUCUGAUUAUUCAUUUGUACCUAUACAAGCACUUUGGGAUACUGCUUCUAAAUGGCUUCUAAAUGUUUGUGGUAUAUUAAGCUCAAGUGCUGCUGUUGUUUCCACCUCCCUACCCCCAUUACAUUAAGUUUUAUAGUUGGCAUCACUGGAUGAAGCUCCUUUCAUGAACAGUGCUUUAUUUUGCAUUCCUCAUAUACUCAGUGCUUCCAUAGAUAGCAGCUGUUGAAGUAUCGGGCACUUGCUUUGAUUUUAAUAUAUUUCUUAUCCCACAUAGUCUAUGCAGAGACAUUCCAUAGUUAGAGAUGUUCUUCCAUUAUGAAAACGUUAGUAUUUAUUUAUUCAUUUGUACUUGAUCUUUUUUUACCACUAGAUUCCAUUAAAAUGAUCCUGUCAUUAUAGCGGGUCAUCUAACAAAUUACAAGAGCUCAUGUAAGUUUGAAAUAGGAGUGAGAUGGAAAUGGUUUAGUCAUUGCAUAUAGAUGUGCUUUUAACUUUCAGUAGUGUGAGGUAAACAGCCCGCUUCUCUGAGAGAGUAACGUGCUUGUACAGCUGAUUUGAGCCCAUACCAAUGGCAGUUACUGUGGUGUAGCUGACAUUCUGUGGAACCGCUCCUCAGUUACUGUCCUUGUAAUCUGUAGAGUAAGACCACAGCUCUUGAUGUGCGUGGCUGCCUCACUCAGCUAGUGAUCGAGACACAUCGUUCUGGUGUGUCAGCAGUGUGUAACUGUCAUGUUUUGAUCAAAGUCAAACGUUGCAUGGUGCCAAGGUAAGACUCUUUGUUUUCUGUACCUUUUGUAGUUCACAUGUAUGAGUGCAUUUUGGACCUUCUCUCUCCAUGUAAAAUGAUCAUUCAGAAGAGUGGCAUGAUGGCCAUACCCGUAUUCUGAAUACAAUGGGUGUAUUUAAGUGCUUAAGGAGAAAAUGAACUGGUGCAUGACUUCUUUUCCCCCUAACCACAAGUUUUCCCAGUCUGGGCCAAAAUAUUUAGAUUCACAAAAUCUGUGUGAGUAACCUUCUCCUCCCUGGUUUUAUAUAGCAAAACAAAGUUGAGCCACUUUUCAUUUUUUAAAGGUAGGCUUCAAGGUAUUUUUGUUUUAUGUGGCUGGACUUUUAUUGCUUUAAAAACAUGGAUAGAAAAUGAAGAUACAUUUGGGUCAUGGACUUCAGAUUUUAAAGCGUAUGAAACACAUACUUGUACACAAAAGAUAUGGCUGGAUUUCCUUUACUUUCUUGUGGGGUUAGGAACCCAACCCGAUGUUCAUUACCCAAACAGAAAACAUGCAUUACUCUUGUCUUCACAAAGCUUUGUCUCCAAAAUUCCCACUGAGGAGGCUGCAGAUGUUCUCAGAGUGCUGCUGACCCUCUCAUCACAUGGGAUCAGCUUCACGUGGACUUGGGUGACACGACCGUAACAAUACAUUUCUGAACUAGCAUUUCUAUGGAUGUUGCUGCUGCUGACGCUGUAACAAUGGCAGCAGGUAGCUUGUCAUGCACUUUCCGGUUUUUCAUUGCAGUGUUACUUGUUAAGAUUUCAGUUUACCAAAAAAAAAAAAAAAAUUACACACAACCUUAACUCUGAGGUUGAGAGAUGGUGGAAUCGGUGGUCCCCUCUUGGCCCCAUUGUGCUUAAGGCUUUGUAAACUCUGCAGUCUUGAGCAACUGAUGUUUCUUUCACAUGGAUGUAUUUUGAACCAAGGUUAAAUACAGCUGAAAAAUUAUGCUUUUAGUGUUACUUUAAAGAGAACAAUUUUCUGUGUACAUACCUUCUCCCCACCAAACCCUUCCCGCUUUAUUUUAGGUCAUCCAAAAAUAUGUUUUAUAAUGUUCUCAGUUAUGGAUACUUUGGUGUGUUACAAAACUAAAUGAAAAUACUUGCCACCUUAGCCAGGUUGAUUUUUUUUCUGUGAAAAGCAGUGAUAAUGUGUUUUUUCCUUUGCUUGAAAUGUUACGCUGAAUGUUUUGUAGGAAGAUUUUUUUUUUUUUUUUACUGUGUUUUCAAUAAAGUUAAAGUGUGAUUCA